AUGCUUAAAAUCGAUAUUGAAAUAUUUAAAAUAGGUUAGAAGUCAAUGUCAUAAAUGUCAGUUCUUUCAAAACAUAAUUUUAUGUGGGGUAUACGUAAUGUUACUUAAUAUAUUUCUACAAUGCGUUUUUAUACAAUUCGCCUAUACAUAUUCUAAUAAGCCAAUAUUAUUAAUAGUUUCAUACGAUGGAUUUCGAUAUGAUUACAUAAAUAAAGCUUCUACACCAACAUUGGUAAAGUUGCAACGAGAGGGAACAUAUGCUGACUAUAUGUAUAAUGUUUUUCCAACGAAAACGUUUCCAAAUCAUUUUACAAUAUCUACUGGUAUGUAUGCUGAAGAACAUGGUGUUAUGGGAAAUAAUUUUUAUGAUCCUGAAACAAGGAAAAAAAUUGGUAUGGAGAAAAGUAUGUUUAUGCAAAAUGAUAAAGCUAUACCAAUAUGGACUUUAAAUGAGAUGUCGGAAAGUAAUAGAUAUUCAGGUUGUAUGAUGUGGCCUGGAUGUAAAUUUUCUUAUCAAAAUGUAACACCUACACAUUUUGAAAGUUGGGAUCCUAAAUAUGAUCUGUAUAAAAGAGUAGAUACUGCUAUUUCUUGGAUAAUGGAUCCUCAAUAUCCAGCUAAUUUAGUAAUGCUUUAUAUAGAAGAACCAGAUUUUCAUGGACACGUUUACAGUCCAGAUUCUACAGUUGUUGAAAAUAUGAUAAAAAAAUUGGAUAAUGUAACACAAUAUUUGCAUGACAAAUUAAGAAAACAUCAUUUAUCUCAUCUAGUUAACGUGAUACAUUUAGGAGAUCAUGGAAUGAUUAGUAUAAAAUAUAAAAAUAUUUUAAACGUAUCGAAUUAUUUGGAAAAAAAUACCUAUUCGUUCGCCGAUUCGUCGCCCACAUUACAUGUCAUACCAGAAGAGGGUUACACAGAUGAUGUUUAUAAUCGAUUAAAAAAGGCAUCGGCAGAAUUGGGACAUUUUACCGUUUAUAAAAAAAGUGAAAUACCAAACAGAUGGCAUUUCAGGCGAAAUAUACGUACCCCACCUAUUUUAUUAUUGGCUGAUAAAGGAUAUGCGUUUGAUGAUUUUAUUGACACAGUUGCAUAUUAUACAAAAUUGUAUAAUUUGAAAGUGGGACCAAAUUCUUUGUUUGGAAUGCAUGGUUAUGCAGUGGAUAUUAAAGAAAUGUAUUCAUUUUUUAUCGCUCGUGGUCCAAAAAUAAGGAAAAACCACAAAAUUAAUCCAUUUAAUACAGUGGAUUUAUAUUCAGUAUUCGCAAAUAUUUUAGAACUGCAAUCUCGUAGACCCAUCAAUACAAAUUUAAUAAAAGAAGUGGUGGAUAAAAAAGAAACUUCACAUGCUGUUAAAGUGAUUGUUAUCACAGUGGUCGGUAUGUCGUUAUCGUUAUUAUUAAUAAGUUGCGCGGCUGCAAUUACAAUAAUAUUAAUAAGACGACAACAAAAUAUGACAACCGCUGCAGCUUUAAAUAAACGAUUUCCAAAAUCUUUUCAACAAGCAGUUGAAGCACAACAUUUAUUAGAAGCUGAAGAAGCAUAAUAUAGUUAAAAUUUUAUUCAACAGUGAUAAUACUUCUUUAUUAAAAAAUAUCUAGACUUAACUUCUACGAUUUAAUCUCUUUUUAAUAGAAUAUAGCUACUUUUAGGUAUUAUUUGCAGAUUGUUAAAAAAGUAGUACUUAAUUCUUAAUAAUUACAAUAAUCGAUGUUAUUUUUAUCCCACAGUUUUGGUGUUAUAUGUAUGGAAAGUAAUUAACUUUGCAUGGUCAAUAUUUUAAACAGUAGGAGUAAGUGAUAAAGAGAAAAAUGAAAAUAUGUUUGCUUAGGACCGUCCACAAAUUUUGUGAUAUAUGUACAAACCUAGUUUUAAGUUUGUUGUAUUUGAACACCAUUUUAUGGAUCUAAUUUAUUGUUUGUUAUUUUAAAAUGAAAUUUUAACGAAAAAUUAUUUAAGAAAAAUAUGAGGUUGAUAAUCAUUAAAAAACGUUCUAGUCUUAUUGAAAACCAUGUACUUAUAUCUUAAAAAUGUUUUAUGGAAUUUUAAAACCUGUUGUGCAAUAAAGUUUCUGUUAUACAA